CGCGAAGCCAGAGAUGAGAAAACGGACGAGUGCGUUGAUUCUUAUAUCCGUGGUCAUAAUUACCUUAUUAUGUUACUCGCAGGUCGUGCUGUCUCCCCGCGAGGACGCCGUCGCCGGGACCCCUUUCAGUGGCUGUGAAUGCGCGGAGGAGGAUGCACGUCGUUGAGGGCCACAAAGAUCCAAGCAGCGUCUUGGACAGGCGUCGCUCGAACAUGCUCGCCAAAUGCCGUGGUUUGGACACAUCGUAUCCCGCGACUUGGCUUACGAAUGUGACAAGAGGACUUUCCGUUUGUGUCCCGCCGAAGGCUGGACACACCUCCUGGGGGCGUGUGAAGCGAGAACUGUCCCAGGUUGGCCCCAUCGACGGUUCCACCAAGAUUUUGAGUGUCAGGCAUCCACUGGUUCGUCUCACUUCGGCCUAUAGAGACAAGUACCUGGACGGCAAACCGCUCCACAGAACCCCCGAACCCAAGAAAACCUGGAUUUGGUGGAGACGCUACUGGUUCCCGGCCCUCCUAUCCCGUGGAGACAUCCCCCCCCCUCGCUGGAUGACACUGGAGGUCAGAAGUACCCAGACCCUACCUGACCCUUGUCAACGUGUCGCCAAGGAGAAUAUGUACGUCUACCUGAAGGCGCGUGAGCUGGAGAAGCCCUGGCACCAAAGUCGUUUCCAAAAUACCACGUUCAGCUUUCAGGACUUUCUGAACCACGUGUUGUGGACGGCGAGACUGAGGCAGCUGGACUACCACUGGGCGCCGCAGACUUGCCUGUGCAACCCGUGUAAAGUGCGUUACGACUACGUUCUUCACCUGGAGAACAUCGGCCACGAACUCGACCAUGUUCUUCGCGACUUGGGAAUCGCGCAGGAGAUCCCGGUACCCAGAGUUCACGUUACGAAGGACGAUGAUCGGAUGUCUGAUGCUGGCUACUAUAAAGAUGUCCCACAGGAGAUCAUGAGACAGAUAUAUUCUCUCUUUAGAUAUGAUUUUGACGUUUUGAAUUACUCUCGUUCACUUGGCGAUUUAGUGUGAAUGUUAUGUCUUCAAAACAUAUGAAUAACAUAUAAAGGACAUUAUUUUAGCGUUCAGUGAGUUUUUAUACCAUUAAUAAUCGUAAUGAUUAUUGUUAAAAGUUUGUUAUUUUUCGGUUUGUUUCUUUAGUUAUUGUGUUAAAUACAUUUCAAUAUAAGGUCGUGGAGUUAUUUUGCAAUAUUGUAUUACUGAUUUAGGAAAGUACGUUUGAAUAUAUUUUGAUAUGUCAGAUGAGUGGGAAAAGCCACAUACCCCUUUUUAUUUUAUUAGUGAAAAAUAUAUUUGAGAAAUAAUGAACAUACUUUAUGCUUAGUGAUAUACA